GGGCUUGCAUCCAGCAGCAGUCAAAACGCAAGUGUUUCACAAUACAUUUGCCUAGUCUACACUUGGUGUCACCGAUUUAAUGGAGACUAUUUCAGGACCAACAGAUGCAGUAAAUGAGGUUGGAGGAGGUGCAUUUUAUACAUUGCCUUACCUGGAAUUAUUAUUUGGAUGUCUGGUGCUGAGGGAGGAUGAUAGGGACAAGUGUUGCACCUCCUUAAUGAGGAAGGGAAAGUAGCAGGUGAUGGUGAGGUUGGUGUUUUGUUUCUGAAGAAGCAGAUGGCCAAACGCCAUCUUGGAACAAAAUCUCACAAUCACAAAUGGAAAGGUUUGGAUGAAGAAUUACCUGUUCCAGGGAAAAGAGCGCCGAAUGAUGCCUCCACAUCAUCCCUUGGCCGUCUCCUUGACAACAGACCGAGGCUUCCGGGACGGAGAGACGUUACUUAGCAACCGUGAAAACAACAUGGCCGACGACAAAGAGGCAGCAGAGGCUUUAAUAGCAGACACCCAAAAGAAAAUUAAAGAUGCAUUUGCUGUGUUUGAUCAUGAGGGUAACGGCACUGUGGACGUCAGAGAAAUUGGUACAAUCAUUAGGUCUCUGGGUUGCUGUCCAAGUGAAGAAGAACUUCAUGAAAUGUUAGCAGAGGUGGAGGAAGAAGAACCCACUGGCUAUAUACAGUUUGAUAAGUUCCUUCCGAUGAUGACUAAAGUAUUAAUAGAAAGAAAAUACAGGCCCCAAUCAGAGGAAAUUAUAUUGCGAGCAUUUGAGGUAUUGGAUAAGAAUAAAAAUGGCUAUCUUACUCAAGAGGAACUUACAAAAUAUUUGACUGAAGAAGGGGAGCCAUUUACACAAGAGGAGAUGGAAGAGAUGUUGUCAGCUGCAGUGGAUCCAGAAAAAAAUGUUAUCCUGUACAAAGACUUUGCAGCACUGAUGACAGUGGAAGACUAUUGAACACAGUUGGACUUCACAACAACUGGCAGUUUUGUUUGGAACUAUUUUUCAGCACAAAUCAAUGACAAAUCUACUCCUGAAAAAGCAAGAUUUCAAACAAAUGUAUUUGGUCGGAUAACUCAACCUUAAAGAAAGUAAAGUUUAUCUGACCUAUUUUGCCUUCUAUAUUUAUGGAAUCACCACACCUCACUGCUGCAUUCCUGACCAUGCCUCUAUGGGACAUCAUGCCUUGCCACUUAUAGAGGAAACAACAUCUGAAAAUCACCUUCCACCCUAGUCAAAGCCCUUGACCACUCCAUGUCCACAGCUGACGUCCACAGACACCAUGUCAAACUGACCUGGGAAGGCACAAUCUACCACAACUCCAAUAUUUCAGCAGAAAAUACACCCCACCCAUAUCUAACACAUAUAAUUGGGCACAGUCUCUCUAGUCAGACUCUAAGACCAGGAUUUUCGAAGCCUGCUUUUCAGCUGUUGUUUCAGUAUUACUCCAUGUGUUACAGAAAUGUCUUAUAUCUGAAGAAUAGUCUUGACCUACAACAUCACCUAUCCAUGUUCUCCAGAGAUGCUGCCUGACCUGCUGAGUGACUCCAGCACUUUGUGUCCUCUUUAUGUUAUAGUUUUGAUUCUCCAACUGAUUGCAAUGGGAAGUUAAUUCUGUAGUGACCAGCCCAUUCUUGAUGCCCAUUGCCAUUGCCGGCACAUGCUCAUUUACUUCAGGUCUGGAAUAGAACAAAGAAUUAAGAGACAUAAACUUCGCCCGAGUCAGCAUUGCCAUUCAAUGUGAUCAUGGCUGAUCAUCCACAAUCAGUACCCCGUUCCUGCCUUCUCCCCAUAUCCCCUGACUCCUCUAUCUUUAAGAGCCCUAUCUAGCUCUCUCUUAAAGGUUAGGUGGAUUGAGAUGUGUGUCACCCACCGGCAUUUCAUCGGCAAUGAAUUCCACAGAUUUGCCAUCUACUGGCUAAUAAAAUUCCUCCUCAUCGCUGCUCUAAACGCACGUCCUUUUAUUCUGAGGCCGUGUCUUCUGAUCCUAGACUCUCCCACUAUUGGAAACAUCCUCUCCACAACCACUUUAUCUAGGUCUUUCAUUAAUUGGUAGGUUUCAAUAAGACAUGCCCUCAUCCUUCCAGAUUCCAGUGAGUACAUCAAACGCUCAUACAUUAACACUUUCAACCCCAGGAUCAUUCUCAUAAACCUCCUCUGGACCUUCUCCAUCGCCAUCACAUCCUGUGACCCUUCUUCGGACUCAGCAGGUUGAAUCAUAACUUUCAAAAGAGAAUUGGAUAUUAGUUGGAUGGAAACACAAUGUGAGGGCCUGGCAAAAGAAUGAGAGAGUGGGAUAAAUCAGAAAACUUUUCCGGACAUAAAAAUUUAAAUGCAAACAUAAAUGCAAGAGAAUAUGUGGAUAACAGCAGAAAUAAGGCAAGCAGCCCAUGAAACUGCUCUGACAUGCAAUAAGAUCAUGUUGAUUUGAUUGUUACCCUCAACUCUACCUUGGCAAUGGAGCACUACGGACCACUACUUGCACAACCGUAGACAUGUUUUCUAAUCAGGAGAGGCACGGUGGCGCAGCGCUAGAGUUGCUGCCUUACAGCGCCGGAGACCUGGGUUCGAUCCCGACUAAGGAUCCCGAUCAGAUUCAGAUUCAGAUUCAACUUUAAUUGUCAUUGUCAGUGUACAGUACAGAGACAACAAAAUGCAGUUAACAUCUCCCUGGAA